GUCACGUGAGGAGCCAGUGAGCAGAGUGCAGAGUGCAGUGAGCAGUGAGCAGUGAGCGGCGCUGGGGUUAGGACGUUACUGGUCAACAUGAUGAUUCUCGGCUACUGGGACAUACGCGGGCUCGGCCAUGCAAUCCGCCUGCUGCUGGAAUACACCGGGACUCCCUUUGAAGAGAAGCGCUAUGUGGAAGGGGACGGCCCAGAAAAUGACAGGAGUCAGUGGUUGGAUGAGAAGGAGAAGCUGGGAUUGGACUUUCCAAAUUUGCCCUACCUUUUGGAUGGAGAUGUUAAGUUGACGCAGAGUAACACUAUUCUGCGCUACAUUGCCAGCAAACAUGACUUGUGUGGAAGCACUGAAAAUGAAAAAACCUUUGUAUCACUGUUUGAAAAUGAAACCAUGGAUUUUCGCAUGCAGAUUGCUUUUCUUUCAUAUGACCCUCAGUUUGAACAGCUGAAGGGACCAUACCUUAAAAAGCUACAGAAUAUAUUGGCAAGAUACGCUCGGUUUUUGGGAGAAAGACAUUGGUUUGUUGGGGACAAGAUUACACUUGCAGAUUUUCUGAUAUAUGAUGCACUGGAUCAGCACAACAUUUUGGAUCCUACCUGCUUGCAGAAUUUCAAGAACUUGCAGGACUUCCUUGCAAGAUUUGAGGCUCUCCCCGCUAUAGCUGCAUACUUGAAAACACCCCGCUGUAAGAAAACGCCUAUUAAUGGGAAAACGGCAUUUUGGUCAAACAAAUAAUUAUCUUGGACAAAAUCUGUCUAUUUUUUUGCUUUAUAAGAUGCAACUGAUUAUAAGACUCACCUAGGUUUUAGAGGAGGAAAGUC